AUAUCUUCAUACAACAAACAAUUCAAUUACAACUAUUAUACUAGUCAAUUGCAUAUCAUUGCUAUUACUAUUACUACUACUAUUACGAUUAACGCUAUAACGACUACUACUACGAUUAAUUUUGCCUACGUUUAUUACGACUACAAACAUUGCAUAAUACUAUAAAAAUGACAUUAAAUAUAUUACCAUUAUUAGAUGCCACAGCACCUAUAUCGCUGCCUUAUGUUACUUCUAAACAACUGCCAACCAAUACCAACCUGAUCUUAUUAAAUGGAUUUAUGAUGAACGGUAACUUAAAAUUCGUAAAGAAAAUAGGUGCAGGAACUUAUGGGCUCAUUUAUUUAGUGCAAGACAUCACAACCGGAAAACAAUAUGCUGCGAAAAUGUUAUUAAAAGAUCCCCCAUUAAAACAUGCAUCCCCAAAAGAUGCUGGAGAAAACAAAAAAUACAUUCAAAGAAAAAUUUUUGAAUACUUUGCAACUCAUCCUCGUGCUAUUGCCAAUGAAAUAGAUUUAAAUUUAAUUAAAAACGAUGGUUUACAUUGUCCAUUCUUAAGAGAAAUUGCAUUACAUUUAAAAGUUCAUCAACACCCAAAUAUUAUAACAAUUCAUAAAGUAUUAAACCUUGAUAACUUAGCCAUUAUAAUUCUUAUGGAUUAUUUUGAACAAGGUGAUUUAUUUAAUAAUAUUAUUGAUAAUGAAAUCUUCCAAAGACAUCAACCACAACAUUUAAAACAAGUUCUUAUGAAGAAUGUUAUGUUACAAUUAAUUGAAGCUCUUGAAUAUUGUGAUCAAAAUGGUAUUUAUCAUUGUGAUUUAAAACCAGAAAACAUUAUGAUUAAUUACAACCCAAAUUAUAAGAGAAAAUCCACCAGUCCAAUUGUUGAUUAUAAUGAAAUUCAUAUUGUAUUAAUUGAUUUUGGUUUAGCCAUGGAUUCAAAUUUGAUUUGCUGUAAUGCUUGUCGUGGAUCUUCAUUUUACAUGGCACCAGAAAGAACCACCAAUUACAAUACUAAUAAUAUUAUAAGAUCAUUAAUUGACAUGAAACAAUAUCAUUCAAUUGAAAUUAAUAAUACUACAGUUACAGCCUCAAAUUCCAAAUUCUUACCUACAUUAGCUGGUGAUAUUUGGUCAUUAGGGGUAUUAUUUAUUAAUAUUUCAUGUUCAAGAAAUCCUUGGCCAAUUGCAUCAUUUAAAGACCAACAAAAUAAUAAUGAUGUUUUUAAGAGUUAUAUGUUGAAUAAUAAUAAGAAUAUCUUAGGAUCAAUCUUACCAAUAUCUCAUCAAUUCAAUAGAUUAUUAGAUAAAAUUUUCCAAUUAAAUCCCAAUGAUAGAAUUUCAUUAUCAAACUUAUAUAAAGAAAUCAUCAGAUGUGAUUUCUUCUCUGAUCAACCACAUCCUCAACAUACUCAUUCCAGAUCUUCCAUUAAGAAAGCAAAUCAUCAAGAUGAAGUUGUCUCUAAUCCUCAACUCAAUACUCCUCCUGACACUCAUACUACCAAUUCAUUUAUUGAUGUCGAAGAAGAAGAGGAUCAAUGUGAAAGCGAAAGCGAAUACAGCGAAGAAGAAGAUAUGGAAGAGGAAAUCAGAGAAUAUCAUUCAGCUAGAGAACAUCAUUCAUACGAAAACAACAAUAACAAAAGAGUCUCCAAGCCGGUUUUUCAUAUGGCUACUCCAGCUAAUAGCAUUGAAGAGUAUAACAACAAAAAGAAUAUAAUCUUCACUUACAAUUAAUUAAACUUCAACAAACUUGCUGGCUGAGUGAGAGGCUUAAUCAUACGGGCAUUUAACUAUUACUUGCAUUUCAAUUCUUCAUUGGUUUCAUUUUACACCAUCAUAUAUAUUUUUCAUAUAUUUUUACAUUUGGUUUACGUCUUUACUUAUAUAGUUUGAUUUAAUGAACAUUACGACAGGUUUACA